AUGUUUUUCCAAGGAGACUUGCAGAGUGGUAUCUCGCAGGCGAUCCAGCAGCAUAAGCUGGUUGCCUGUUUCGUUAGACAAGGUGAGCCAGCUGACACACCUUCCAUCCUACGCAGCCUAACAAGUUGUCANGAUGACGAUGACACAAGCCAGAAGUGGGAGGCCGAAUGGUUGACUGCUCCUCUUGAUGCGGAUACAGACGGACAGAAGUCGCUAGGAGAGCAACUAGGCGAGAAAGCAGUUCUGCUCCGAAUCGAUGCAGGAUCCGUCGAAGCUGGAUUUCUGGGGGCCUUUUGUUCUCUUGACUCUUUGCCAAAGCUAUUGGUCAUACGAGCAGGCUCUGUCGUCGAAAACAUUGACGCAACCGUUACCGAGGAAGAAUUCAAGAAGCGUAUAAUUGCUCUACUACAACCUCCUGCCCAACAGCAGCUACCACAAUCAACCAACCCUAUUCCUGCAAACGAAGACUCGGCCACCGCAGAUGUCAGCCAAGUUCUGUCAAACGUCCCUUUCAUUGGUGAGAGAGGAACGACGCUACAAGAGUCAGACACAGCUCCUCGGGAGAAUGCAGAGACGAACGUUCCGAUCCCAGCACCAACCAGUCAAGGCAACAAUGUGACGAUGCAACAAUUCCUGACCGAGCGCGGAGCACGUCUCGAAGCUGAACGCAAGAAACAAGAAGAGGCGGAGAAGGAGGCACGCAAGGCUACAGCGAAAGCACGUAAAGAGUCAGCGGACAAGCAAGCAGCCGAAUCGUCGUCACUCCCCCAGAACAAACAGGACUGGGCCGAUCAACAACGAAACCGCAACAGAGAAGCACGCCUCGAGAGGGAGCGAAUCCUCAAAUCGAUCGAGUCUGACAAGGCUGCAAGGAAAGAGAAGGAACAACAAAGACGACUGGCCGCUCAGGGCGAGCCAUCUACAGCAGCCGCACAGCUACCAGUACACACCGAUACCGCGCCUGGAAGGAACUCUGACGUUUGUGCGCUCCAGAUCAGACUGUUCGACGGUAGUUCGCUGCGAACAAAGUUUGAUCCUUCUGCCACUCUUGCAACUUCAGUAAGGACAUAUAUCUCACAGAACUCGCAAACUGACGUGCCAUACGAGUUCCGUCAGAUACUCCUGCCCAACCCCAGUCGUAACAUCUCGGUUGGUGAAGAGGGUGAAUCACUCAAGUCGCUCGGUCUGACACCUAGCGCGACCUUAGUCUUGGUGCCAAUCAAGGGCUACACAGAUGCUUAUGCCAACGGCAGCGGUGGAUUGGUUUCUAAGGGCUUGAACGCCGGAUAUGGACUCUUGUCAGGAGCGGCAAGCAUGUUUGGAAGUGCUGUAGGCGGUGUCAUGGGCUACGCCUCAGGAGCAAACAACCAGCCCGGUCCCUACGUGGCUGGUACAGGGGACGAACGUGAGGCUUCUAGUGUAGAAGCGGACAGAAUGGCCAAUAGGUCAGCCGGCAUCAACAUUCGCACACUCGGCGACCAAAGACGAGAGGCAGAACAGAACACGGAAUUGUACAAUGGUAACCAGGUGAGUACUUCUGAGCGGUCAAACGUGAAGACCGCGGUGACUGACGAAACACAGCUGAACUUUGAGCCACGCAAGAACAAGGAUGGCCAGGACGCCAAGGAUGACUAG